AGUUAGUAGUCGAACGUAGUAUAUAUCCCCGUGACAAGACAUGUCAAAUGUCAUAACAAGAUUUUCCAUUAGAAUAUGUAUAUAACUUUUAAGGAAAAUUAGUAAAUAAACAAUUAUUUAUUUUAAAUAACGCUAUUUUAGAAAGAUGAAUAUAUGUUAGUUUGUUAAUAAAAAAAUGGAACGAUUACCGGUGGAAGUUAUUGAAAACAUUUUAACGUUUAGUAAAAUAUCAGUCCAGGAUGUUGUUAAUUUUUCGUUAACUUGUCGUUAUUUUUAUAACGUCGUGACGAAAAAUAACAAAAUUUGGAAAACGAAAUUGUUCCAAAAAUGGCCGCAAUUGAAGAAUCUAUUGGAAAACAAACAUAUAAUUUUCCAACACGAAGUUCGAUAUAUUUAUGAACUUAGAAAAAGAACUCGUGAUUUACUAGAGAAAAUGCCAGCUAAGUUUUAUAAAAGAUACGAGAUAUCAGAUUCGGAUUUAUAUGAAUGGAAUAAUAUAAUGCAUGAAAGGGAGGAAGUUUAUAAUUAUCUCGUAUUAGAUUUAAUGGAUAUAGUGAAUACUGAAGCUCCAAUUAAGAGUAUUGAAGUAGUUCCUUUAACUACUCCAGGGAAUAAAACUUUUCAAUAUUAUGCAAAUAAAGUACUGAGGUAUGUGAGGCAACUUUAUUUGUCUAAAAUAUGGAAGGAUUACAUAUCGUUACCCCAAUCAAGGCAGAUUCUUGAAGUUGGGGCUGUUUUUGUGGCUCAAUGGUGUCAGCCGAAUAUAGAGAUAACUGUGGAAGAUAUUAGUAGGAAAUUGGAUCUUAUUGCUGAUGAAGUUAAGUCUGCUUUGUAUACUUUUUAUCCCAAUCAUCCACUUUUUAAGGCUUCUGAAGAACAACUGAAUCUAUGGCGUAUAGAAAAUAGAGAACAGAACGAAUGGAAAGUAAACGAAUGUCGCCAACUGAUAACGGUAAUGCGAGAAAUACUGUUCCAACAAUUGAGAUUCAGCGGUAACAAUCACUCUUAUUACAUGCCUCAAAAUUCUUUUAUCAAUGAAGUUUUGGAUAAAAGGCAAGGUCUACCUAUUACGUUGGCGAUUGUUUUCGAAGGAGUCGCGAGGAGGUUAGGUUUAAGAUGCGAACCCAUAAGUUUUCCUGCACAUUUUCUACUUAGGUUUUGCGAAAGUUUGGAUCCCGAUUCCGAUUGGUAUUACAUCGACGUUUUCAACGGCGGACAGAUCGUAAGAAAAGGAGCUUGUCCCCAUAGUAGAUUUUCCGGUAGCAGAGAUUUGUUUCCAGUAGCGACGGCCGUACAAGUCAUAGAACGUAUGGCGAACAAUUUGGAAGUUUCCGCCAGACAGCACGCUCAUCCGAACGGAAAAAUAACCAGAUUGAGAUCGAGUUUGGAAUUACUGAAACUAGUUAAUCCGAGAGAUAUAUCGGCGUUGGUCAGUCUGGCGAGAUUAUACAUGUUGCACAAUAUGGAUACGAAACCUUUGGAGAAUUUUUUGUUGUCUCAGGAGUUCGAGGUGCCGGAACAGGCGCAGAGGGUGGUGCAUAUGUUGCGAGAUUACGAGGCUCAUCACGCUCGCAACGAUCUCGGUUUGUUCGGUCAAGUGGAAGCGGCUCAGCGCAGUCCAAAUUUACAUUACGCCGUCGGUAUGGUGAUGAAACACAUGACUUUGAAUUACAAAUGCGUCAUCUACGAUUGGGAUCCGGUGUGUUUGGCGGCCGCCGAAUGGCAGGCGCAGAAUAACGUCGACAAAUUGCAACUCAAAGACGAACAGCCGUUUUACAACGUUCUCGUCGAGGACGGCUCUCAUAGAUACGUCGCGCAAGAAAAUCUCGCGCCGACGUCCGAUAGGGAAGAAAUUUAUUUGAACGAAGACGUCGGUAGACAUUUCUCUCAUUAUUUCGAAACGCAUUACGUUCCGAACGCCGAAAAAGAAAAGGAAUACCCCGCCGAUAAGAAGAUACGACACUGGUUCCAUCAUCAAAAAAAAUUGGAAAGUUUCGAUUUGUAAACGCGCAAGAUCGUCGGCGUCUAGGUCCAAAAGUUCCAAGUUUUCCGAUAUCGCGCGCUUUCCGCAAAAAAAUCGACGUCGCGACGUUUUCACAGUAGUUCGUUCGACUCUCGUAAACGUUAACGUUCCAUAGUAGUUCGUUUGAACCCUGAAAGUAGUUCAACAAAACGAUGACGUUUUACGACGUUUCGAAUCGACUAUUCGAGAUUUAACGUUUCAAAGUAGUUCGUUCGACUCUUAAUAAACGAUGACGUUUCAAAAAAGUUCAUUUGAACCCCCGAAGGAUUCGACGUUUAAUAGUAGUUCGUUUGUAGGACGUUUUGCCGUGGUUUUGACAGUUGACGUUUCGAAGUAGUUCGUUUGAUCCGAUAAGAUAUUUCGUUGCGAAGUAGUUUAUUUAAACCCUGAUAGUAGUUCGUUUGAAUCUCAUAUUUGUGCGCCGUUUAAAAGUAGUUCGUUUGAAUCAACAAAACGAUGACGUUUUCCGACGUUUCGAAUCGACUAGUAGUUCGUUCGAAUCUCGUAAACGUUAACGUUUCGUAGUAGUUCGUUUAAACCCUGAAAAAAGGUUCGCAAUUCGAAUGUCGUUAAUCGUGUUAUCGUUUCAAAAUAUUUCCUUUUAUCCCUAAAAUAUUCGCAGUUUGAAAUUAGUCCGUUUGACUCUCAUACUCAUUAGCCACUUGAAAGUAGUUCGUUUGAGUCUAAUAAACGAUGGCGUUUCAAAAAAGUUCAUUUAAACCCCCGAAGGAUUCGUCGUUUAAUAGUAGUUCGUUUGUAGGACGUUUUGCCGUGGUUUUGACAUUUGACGUUUCGAAGUAGUUCGUUUGAUCCAAUAAGAUAUUUCGUUGCGAAGUAGUUCGUUUCGAACGUAUCACUUUUGACGGUUCAAAGUAGUUCAUUUGAUUCAUAUAAAAUUCUCCAUUUCGAAACGAUUAAUUCGACAUUACGAGAUUUGACGUUUCUAAUAAACGUUUGAAGUUUUAUCACAGACCAUGUGACGUUUGUAAGUAGUUCAUUUUGACUUUCGUAAUCGUCGACGCUUCAAAGUAGUUCAUAUGAAUCUUGAAAGGUUCGUCGUUUGAUGAUAGUAGUUCGUUUGAUUCUCUUAAACGUCAAGGUUUCGAAAGUAGUUCAAGUGAAAGAUUCGUAGUUCAUUUGUUUCUAGAAGAAUUGCCCUUUAAAAGUAAGUCGUUUGACUCUCAUACUCAAUGACGUUUUGUCGCGUAUUUUUUUAUACCAAAAUGUUCGUAGAUUGAAAGUAGUUCGUUUGGCUCGUUGACAUUUCGCCGUAGUUCAUUUGUUCCUGAAAUAUUCGCCUUUCAAAAAUAGUUCGUUUGAUCAUCAUACUUAAUGACGUUUCAAAAUAGUUCAUUUGACCUCUAAAAUAUUCGUCGUUUGAAAAUAGUUCGUUUGACUCGUUGACAUUUCGCCGUAGUUCAUUUGUUCCUGAAAUAUUCGCCUUUCAAUAAUAGUUCGUUUGAUCACCAUACUUAAUGACGUUUCAAAAUAGUUCAUUUGACCUCUAAAAUAUUCGUCGUUUGAAAAUAGUUCGUUUGACUCUUGAUAUAUAUCGACGUUUUUCGGUAGUUCAAUUCACCGUGUGAGAUUUUACGUUUACGCUUCGAAGUAGUUCGUUUGCUUCUCAUAUUUUCAUUGACGUUUCAAAAUAGUUCAUUUGUAUCUCGUAAACAUUGACGUUUUGCCGUAGUUCACUUGAUCCUAGUCCAUUUGAACACAUAUCGAUUUUGUAGUUUCGAAUUAGUUCAUUCGACUCAAAUAACCGUUGACGUUUUACAACAUACCAUUUGAAUAUAUGACAUUUCACUUUUCGAAGUAGUUCAUGCGAUGCUUUAAUGUUUCGCAGUAGUUCGGUUGAUUCUAUAAGACUUGACGUUUACGAGUAGUUCAUUUGACUCUAGAUGUUUCUACUUUCGGAGUAGUUCGUUUGUAUCUGGGAAAAUAUUAACGUUUAAGAGAAGUAGUUCGUUUGUACAACAUCGUUUUGUUUUUUUUUUCGUUGAUUUUUUAUAGUCGAUUUUUGUGGGAAGUGAAAUUUAUGUGAAUAUGUACUAAAAGAAAUGAACAUCUUGUAUAUAAAGUUGUAUUUAAAUGUUUUAUUGGUGUGUUGUUGUGGAAAAUCUUUGAAAAUUUGAAAAAAAAUUGAUUUUUACCUAAAAAUUCAAUUUUUUUCUCUAAUUAUGAAUUUUUGGACCUAAACUUUUUAAUGUUGUUUAUUUUUGUAAAAAAAAUUAGUUAUUUUAAGGUGAUAUUGGCUUAUAAAACUCAAUUUUAUAUGUUUGAAACAAAAAAAUUAUCUAAAUACUGUCAUUAUGUUAUUUUUGAGGGGUACCGAUUCAAAAAUUGAAAAAAAAAUAUUAUUUUUGCUUUAUAUAUGAAAAAAAUGCCAUUAUUUUUGUUUAUACUAUAUAAUUUGUUUAUAAAUAUACGACUUUUUAAUCACUUUUAUUGCUGUAAUAAAUAUAUUUGUUUUU